GUCUACAAAAGCACCUGCCUCAUCUGCAUGUCGAUUUGUUUACCUCUGAUGUGCACGACUGGUUUUAACCUACCUACAACUUUCAAAAAAUGAGUGGGAUUAAGAGCUUGUCCGUAACAUACGACGCAAUUAACGAGACGAAUACUUUCUGUAGUGGUGACUAUAUUUCUGGGCGUGUUACUCUUGAAGUUGAGAAGGAAAUUACGAUCAAUUCUUUUUUAGUUAAAGCAAAAGGUAGAGCAAGUGUCUUGUGGACUCAACAGUGUGGACAAGCUGUUAUUGUCUUCCACGACAAAGAAACCCUCUUCAAGUCGGAACAUUUCUUCAUACAUGAGAAGAAACAUAAAGAAAACGAUGGAUUUUCACUUCUGCAAGACCAAUCAGAGAUGUAUUCUGACGUUGUUCUUCCAGGAUGCCAUGUGUAUCCAUUCUCUUUUCAAAUACCUCAUCAGGACAUGCCAUCAUCCUUUAAAGGUGGAGCUGGAAAAGUGGUCUACUUCUUAGAGGCAAAAGUGAACAGGUCCAUGCGGAUGUCUACCAAAGACAAAACUGACUUCACUUUUUUGUCUAAGACAGAUGUGCAUGUUCCAGAUAUGAAAGAGUCUCAGUUUGGGACUGCAGGCAAGAAGUUAAGGUUUCUUAACUCUGGAAAUGUCUCUGUUAAUGUAAACAUUGAUGGCAUGAAAUAUUACCAAGGAGGUGAACUGAAGAUUAUGUCAGAAAUUCAGAACAACUCCUCUCGUGCCAUUACGCCCAAAUAUUGCCUAUACCAGAAACAAAGUUUCUUUGCAAUGAAAUCGAGACGGGUACACACUAAAGACAUCCUCAAAGAGAAAGGAGAGCCAAUUGAGCCAUCAACAAAUCAAAUCGUCAGCAAAACACUAAGUAUCCCGUCCGAUGUCAUUCCCUCAAUCCUCUCCAACUGCAAGGUCCUUAGUGUGGAAUACAGACUCAAGGUCUAUCUGGAUAUCAAGUACUCCAAAGAUCCAGAGAUGAAGUUUCCAUUGGUCAUCACUGCUGCCCCACAGAACACAGAUGGAGCAGCGACAUCAGAGGCCUGGGCAAGAGCAGAGCCACCUCCCCUCUACAAUGCUUACAGUCUAUACCCAACCCUACCCGACCCAUCAGGGAGUUCAUGUGCAUAAUUUGUUUGUGCUGGUUUCAUCAUUUCAUCGUAAAAUAUAAUGUUGGGAAACAUUAUUUUUUCCACAAAAAUGAAGGGAAAUUCUGCAGCCCCAUUUAGUGUUUUCUUCUGUGAUUUACUUGAUGCUAUUGUUAUAGUGAAGAUGAAUUGUAUGUGUCAUAUUGCCAUUGUGAAAUUUAAUGUGACAUUUUUGGAUUUUUCACCAGCUAAAGGAAGAACUACUUAUGAAAUUGUACAAACAGUGGCAUAUGUUUAGCAGAAAUUGGCCAAUUAAACAUAAUAUUAUGGGGAUAAUAAGAGCUCCGCUACUUUUACUAUGUACAUACUAUGCAAAUAAUAAAAGGACUUUGUAAUUCA